CGGAGGCCGCACCAGCGUCCGCGUGGUCGUGAUCGGCGACGCUGGCACCGGCAAAUCGAGCCUCGUCACCUCUGUCGCCACCGAGAAUUUCCCCGAGAGUGCCUCCAGGGUCGUUCCGCCUACCCACCUACCCGCCGACUACUACCUCGAUCGCGUUCCCCUCACCAUCAUCGAUACGCCCUCCAACCCCGAGGACAAGAGCAAGGCGUUCUCCGAGUGCCAGAACGCUGACGCCAUCGUGCUGACCUACGCUUGCGAUCGCCCGUCCACGCUGGAUCGGCUGAGUACCUACUGGCUUCCGGAGCUGAGGAGGCUGGAGAUUAAAGUGCCAGUGAUUGUGGUCGGAUGCAAGUUGGAUCUUAGGGAUGAGCAGCAGAUGAGCUUGGAGCAGGAUAUGUCGCCCAUUAUGCAGCAGUUUCGGGAGAUUGAGACUUGCGUUGAAUGUUCUUCCCUCAGGCAGAUUCAGGUUCCAGAAGUGUUCUAUUAUGCACAGAAAGCAGUACUUCAUCCAACCGCCCCACUGUUUGACAAGGAAACACAGUCACUGAAGCCUCGGUGUAUAAGUGCUUUGAAAAGGAUAUUCAUUCUCUGUGACACUAACAGGGAUGGAGCACUAAGUGAUUCUGAGUUGAAUGACUUUCAGGUUAAAUGCUUCAGUGCUCCCCUCCAGCCUACUGAAAUUGCUGGAGUCAAGAAGGUUGUGCAGGAGAAGAUGUCUGACGGGGUUAACGAAAAUGGCCUUACUUUGACUGGAUUCCUUUUCCUUCAUGAACUCUUCAUUGAGAAAGGUUGUCUUGAAACAACAUGGACAGCCUUGAGAAAAUUUGGAUAUGAUAAUGAUAUCAAACUUAGGGAUGAUCUCCCCUCCUAAUAAAAAGUUUCGUCCUCGAAACUUAACACGCCUAUAUUUUCAAAGCCUUCCAAAUAUUUCUCUUAAAUAGGAUCUCUCCUUCCUUAGGUAGCACCUCUCUCAGAGUAGUUUCUCUAUUAAACUUUCUCAUAUUUGAUGAUUCAACAGCGAAUUUCUUGCUAUUUAUGAUUCACAAUACACUCUGGUGUUUCUUCAUA